GGCGACCUACGGGCCGUCGCUCCGCGCGUUCUACGACCGCGGCGGCGUCGUCGGCGUGCUGUCGUCGUCCGCGGCGCUCGCGGUGCCGCGGGACUGCCUCUCGCCCAUCUUCGGCUGCGCCUGGUCCUACGCGGCGGGGUCGCCCCGCGACGACUACGUGCCCACGCGCGCGGGCGCGCGGCGCCUCGGCCUCGACGGCGCCGCGACGCUCGCGUGCGCCAAGGCGACGCUCCUCGCCGUCGGCGCGGGCGAGGCGCUCCUCGUGCCGCGGCGGCUGACGGCGAGCGAGCUCGGCAUGACGGCCGCGGAGUACGCGGCCUACGACCCGCCGGCCGGCGACCACCCGCGCGCGAAUCGACCGCCGGUCGCCUACGUCGGCUUCGACAACGACGACCCGGCCCUCGCGCGCCUCGUCGCGAACCUCGCCUGCGGCGUGCCCGCGAGGACCACGACGCG